CUUUCCGCCGUCUGUGAAAACGUAACUUUCGCUAAAAUCAACAAAAACGAAGAAGAAAUUUCACUCCAGUCUAAUCAAGGGAUUUAAAAAUGUCUUAUUCUUCUUCCGGUUCAAAUUCUUCUCAAGAUGAUCAUCCAGAACUAGCACCAGCUUUCAAAAUAUAUAGAAAUUACAAAGACAAGUGUGAAGAAGAUUGGGAUGGAGAGGUAUAUCCUAUCCAAUUUCCAGUACAUGCCCAUGAUUUUGAUGAUCAACCACCGCCACCUUUUAUUGUUCUCGUUCAAGGACCUCCCAAUGUUGGGAAGUCCUUGCUGAUUAAAUCUAUAUUCAAGUAUAUUACUCGUAUGGAAUAUAAGGAUGAUACCCGAGGCCCCAUCAACUUCAUAACAGAAGGCUAUCACAGAAGGCUACAGUUUGUAGAAUGUCCUGAUGAUAUGAAUGCCAUGAUCGAUGCUUCAAAAUAUGCUGAUCUAGUAUUGUUACUGGUUGAUGCAAGUUAUGGGUUUGAAGCGGAAACAUUCGAGUUUCUUAACCUUUUACAAGUGCACAGCUUUUCAAAUGUUAUGGGUGUUCUUACACAUCUUGACAAGUUCGAAGAUGAAAAAGAAAUGAAGGGAACCAUAGACCGUCUCCAGGAUCAUUUCAGGACUGAACAUGACUUGUACAAAUUUUGGGAAGUACAACAACUAGCAGACCAAAUAUCGAUGCUCCAAUUUAAUCCCUCGUCAUGGUCAUGGCGAGCAGGAUGUCCUUAUGUGUUUGUAGACCGUUUGGAAGAUAUUACUCCUCCAGGAGAACUGCAUAAGGAUACAAAUUGCAAUAGAAACUUAAGUCUAUAUGGUUAUCUUCGAGGUUGCAGUCUUAAUGGCGGAGCUAAGAUGCAUAUUGCUGGUGUUGGUGACUUUCAGUUAGCUAGUGUUAAAAACAUAACUGAUCCUGUCCCUUCAUCGUCUGAGAUGGAAAAGGAAAGUGAUCUUGUUGAGCUAAGCCACAUGGAGCAUGAGAGUUUCAGAACAAGCACCUAUCUGAGGUUGGAGGUCCAUAGCGUUCCUUUCAAGAUGGUUGAAAAUCUUGAUCCAUGUCGUCCGAUUCUCGUUGGAGGUAUCAAUCCUGAAGAAGAAAAUGUUUGUGAUAUGCAGGCGAGACUUAAGCGACAUAAGUGGCAUACGAAACUGUUGAAGUCAGCAGACACAGUCACCGUGUCAGCUGGUUGGAGACGUUACCAGACAACACCUAUUUAUGCCACAGAAGUCCACAAUGGACGGCAUCAAUAUCUCAGUUUCAAUGACGAACAUGAGCACUGCCUUGCGAUGUUUAGUGGCCCUGUUGCACCUCCCGGUACCAGAAUUGCGGUUGUGCAGAGUAAUAAGGACUUGUUUCGGAUAGCUGCAAAGGCAGUCAUUCUUGACCCUAAGCGUCAACAACAACAACCGAGCCUUGUCCCUAAUCACCACUCAAAGAUAAUGAAGGACAGCAAGCAGAAAGGAAAACCCCAUAAAAUCCUUUAUGGAAGGACUGUUCUCCAUAGAAUCCUUAAUUGGAGGACUGCUCCUAGCAAGUUUGAAUCAGAGCAUAGUGAUUUUGCUGAAUUGAACGGUUCACCUAUCCGGACUAGGAGUGCAAUUCUGAGGAAGAUUAAAAAGUUGAAAAAAAGAAAGUGGAUUGCUACUGCUCCUGUUAACGAAGAUUUGCUGGGAAAGGAAGACCCUGCUUCGAGACAGCGACGUCGUGUGGAGAUUAGCGAUGAGGCACCUUCCUCAUAUCCAUGUUCAAGUUAUUUUAUGUUGCUCGGUAGCAUGAAUAAAGACAGAGCGAAGGAAACUGUGGUGGUCAUGUUGGAGGAAAAACGAGCAGAAUUGAUCAAAAAAUAGCAGAAAGAGGAGUGUGAGAGAGCAGAAGAGAAGUUCUUUGGUGGUAUUCAUGUAUUAACUUGUUAACGGUCUCAAGUUUAAAGAAUGAUUAACGAAUUUAACAAGCUCUUACAAGUGAAUAUGGAACCAUGGGAUUUGAUUUAGUCUUUUCCUCUUAAUUAAAGUUCCUUUCAGUUUGUCGUUGUAUGUAAAAGAGCAGCAUAAAUUGAUAUUUUCAUAUGUAUUUAACUUUCUGUAUGAAUUAGUGUUUUGAUUAACUAGAAAACCGUUGUCAACUUGUACAUUUUCC